AUGGCUCCGUAUCCAGUUACUAUUUUCAACAAUAUUUUACAAACAGCCACGCAUCCCGUUGCCUUGAAAAUACACAGGAUUGUUCCGAUACCGAAGGAACCCAAUGUUACCACGAUGGAAAAGUUCAGACAAAUUGCUGUUUUGCCGGUUUUGAGAACAUUUCGACAAAUCUCUGAAUAUCUGGACCGCAAUAAUAUCCUCAGUGAAUGUCAGUACGGAUUUAAGAAGGUUUGUGGGACUGAGAAGGCGGCUGUGAACAUUAUGUCAGCUAUUUGUAACGGGCUGGAUGAGGGUACUAAAGGUGUCGGUGCUAUAUUUAAUGAUUUUUCAAAGGCUUUUGACCGUGUCGAUCACACAAUUUGGUUGGAUGAGUUACAAUAUUAUGGAUUUGGUGGAAAUACAUUACGGAUACUGGAAAGCUAUUUAGGAAACAGAAGACAGUUUGUACAAAUUAGAAGUCAAAAGAGUUCAGCAACACGGGUCAUGUAUGGGGUACCUCAAGAUGACAUUUGGCCUGUUUACGCUUACAAGAAUGACACAAUAUGGAAUAAUAUGGAACGUGAAGCUGCUUUUAUCAAUGAACAUGUCAGGAUAAAUAGACUAUUUUUGAAUGCAAACAAAACGAAAGUUAUACGUUUUCGACCCCAUUGCAGUGAGAACAACUUCGGUGUUAAAGUGAAUGCUUCUUUGGAAUAA